AUGGAAGCCUUUUCAAGCAUGAUAAAAAAUGUGAGUCGAGCUGGUAUGAUCAAAGGCAUCAGGCUCCCCAACGGUGGCCCGGUUCUUGAUCAUCUUUUAUAUGCUGACGAUUGUAUCCUUAUGGGAGAGUGGGGAGACAAUAACAUCCUAAACAUCGCUCGGUUGCUUAGGUUCUUUUACUUAGGGUCUGGUCUAAAAAUUAAUUUGAGCAAGUCGACGCUAUAUGGGAUUGGUGUGAGUCAUAGUGAAGUGCUCGAGAAGGCGUCGGUCCUCCGUUGUAGAUCUGGUGAGGUCCCGUUUGUCCAUCUUGGAGUUUUGGUUGGAUCUAGGAUGACCAAGAAAGAAAACUGGAAAGCGGUAUUUGAUAUCUUUGAAACCCGGUUGGCUUUAUGGAAAUCCUCUUUACUGUCAAUUAGAGGUCGUGUGACGUUAAUAAAGUCGGUGCUGGAGAGUAUCUGUAGGAUCGUGUUCUCGACCUAA